CGUGCAACAGGCUACCGCCGGGCAGAAACAUUGAUUUGUUCUGGCACAAGACCAGCUGCAGACGGCCCUUAUCUCUUAUUUCAUCUCUUCGUGCUCAUACAUCGACGCCAUGGCCUCAACUGGAAGCCCUCCGAAUAAGCCCACGGGCGACGCAGUUCCCUCAUCGACACUCAACACUCUCCCAGCGGUGUUCGCCUGCAUCAUCUAUUUUGUUACCCCAGCCCUCUACUAUGGCACAGAGUUUUACGUAUCUCAGGAACACUCCCCAUCUUAUAGUUACAAGGAACACUACACCUCACAGCUUGCUGUCUCCGAAGAAUAUGUCGACAAGAAGACAGGACGCCUGGCAGUCUCACCGCGAGGUAAUUUGAUGAAUCUCAUGUUCUUUUCGCAUGGAAUCCUCUAUUUGCUCGGUCAAAGACUUCUCCUCAGUAGCUUCAAGGCACCAAAAUUGGCCAAAGCAAGAACGAUCGCUGCGGUCGGUUACAUGAUUGGUAGCACUCUGCUCGCGGCAAUCCCAGCUGGAGACAAGGAAGAAGAAGCCGGUCUUGCUCCCUUUCACAUUCUCGGCGCAGUUCUAGCAAUUGGUUCCGGAAAUGUGAACUCAUUGCUCACUGGUAUUGCUGCUGAGCGCUGGGGACUGCAUAAAGUUGUGUCGCUGGUCUCUGGUAUCAUCGGACUGGUUAGUUUUGUUGCCUUUAUUACCGUUGGCGAUAAAGGGCCCACGCCUGGACUAUAUCAAAGAGCCAGUAUCUACCCAAUAGAGGUCUGGAUGUUCUUCACGGCAGAUAUGUUGAUGGGUGAAAUCUCAAAAUUCAUGAAAGAGAUGGACCAAGAAAUAAUCAAGCGGGAGUGA